GGAUGCAUACCUGCAUUAAAAAGUAAUUGCUGGACUGGGGUGUAGCUUAGUGGGAAAAGUUCAUACUUGGCAUGGUUAAGACCCAGAAUUCAAUCUCUAGCACUAAACAAAAGAAAACAAUCAACCAAACCUUUCAGAUACUCUUAGAGCUAAUACUUGGCUUUUGCUAGGAUUAUGAUUAUUAAUCAUCACAGAUUGUCCACUUGAAAAUCAACUAAAUUGAGGUCAAGAAUCAGAAAUUUGUGACUUGAACAUUUGUCAAGCAACUUUCUUAGAUAUGGACUGGCCAUUCUGCUGGAAUCCUGGACAGGUGCACAUUCCUAACUGCCAGCUUUAUCACCCACCAGCAUAAGGGGUUAACCUCCAUUUCGGCUGACCAUGGGAGAGAUUAAAAUCUCCCCUGAUUAUAACUGGUUUAGAAGUACAGUUCCCCUUAAAAAGAUUAUCGUAGAUGAUGAUGACAGCAAGAUAUGGUCACUCUAUGAUGCGGGCCCCAGAACUAUCAGGUGUCCUCUCAUAUUUCUUCCCCCUGUCAGCGGAACUGCAGAUGUAUUUUUCCAGCAAAUUUUGGCGUUGACUGGAUGGGGUUACCGGGUGAUCGCUCUGCAGUAUCCAGUUUAUUGGGAUCACCUUGAAUUCUGUGAUGGGUUCAGAAAACUUUUAGACCAUUUACAAUUGGAUAAAGUCCAUCUAUUUGGAGCUUCAUUGGGAGGCUUUUUGGCCCAGAAAUUUGCAGAAUACACUCACAAGUCUCCUAGAGUCCAUUCCCUCAUCCUCUGCAAUGCGUUCAGCGACACCUCCAUCUUCAACCAGACAUGGACUGCAAACAGCUUCUGGCUGAUGCCUGCCUUCAUGCUCAAAAAAAUCGUCCUCGGGAACUUCUCCUCCGGCCCCGUGGACCCUAUGAUGGCUGACGCCAUUGACUUCAUGGUGGACAGGCUGGAAAGUUUGGGGCAAAGUGAACUGGCUUCAAGACUCACCCUGAAUUGUCAGAACUCUUAUGUGGAACCUCACAAAAUUCGGGACAUCCCAGUAACCAUCAUGGAUGUGUUUGACCAGAGCGCACUAUCCACUGAAGCCAAGGAAGAAAUGUACAAACUGUACCCAAAUGCCCGGCGAGCUCACCUCAAAACAGGAGGCAACUUCCCAUACCUGUGCAGAAGCGCGGAGGUGAAUCUCUACAUCCAGAUCCAUUUGCUGCAAUUCCACGGAACCAAAUACGCCGCCAUCGACCCAUCCAUGGUCAGCGCCGAGGAGCUCGAGGUGCAGAAAGGCAACCUGAGCGGGGCCCAGGAGGAGCCGUAGCCGCGGCCACGCGGUCAGUGACGCAAGCAACGCGGUGACGCGCGCCCGCGCAUGUGCACAGCCUUCCGGGACGAGUACGGCCGGCCGGCCGGCCGGCCUGCGGAGCGCGAGCCUUCCGGGAGGACCACCGAGUGUCACCUUGGCCGCAGGCGCAGCUCUCCCGAGACGGCGUGACUGUCCCCUCUCCAGUUGGUUUUUUUAGCUUUUAAGUUUGAGAAAAGUGCUUGUGAAGAACUGUCACUUUAAGAGCCAUGAAAUUUUUGCUACCAAAAGUCUUCGCUGCUCUUGCUGGGGUUUCUGAGGUGCGGGGUUCCUUCUCUUGGCCGUCGUCUCUCUCGCCGUUUGUGUGGGGUGCAGCGAGGCCGCGUGGGCCGCGCGGUGCGGUGGCGGCCCACGGCCACCCCUCCUUCCCUUCCCAUCGAGCACACUGUUCUCAGUGCCAGCGCUUGUCUAAGACAGUACAGUAUUUGGAAUUAAAACUUCAAUUUUAA